AUGGCAACUUCAAAGAAACUGGCAACCCUUGUUCUAUUAUUCGCCUCCACGUUGGAAUACGACCUGGAAAUCUGUGAUCUCCCAUCCGAGGAAUCCAAUAAGCGUUGUUUUGUGAAACAAACGUUAGCCUCGCUCGCUCAUAGCCCGAACCAAUUAGCCGUCGACAAACUAACUAACACACUGUACUUCAGCUUCGACGCCGGCAACGGAGAAUACAUUCCAGGUGCACUCCAUAUUGAUACUAAGCGUCUAACAGUUUUGAAGGGAGUUAAGGACGCUUUUGCUAUAGCCAGCGACGAGUUCAACGGAGAGGUUUAUUUCGGGGGAAGCCAUGGCAUCUACAGGUAUAAUACCAUGAUGAAAACCCUAAAACGGUUGGACGUGGACAGUUUGGAUAUAUGGUGGCUGGUGGUGAAGAAACGGCUAUAUUUUAUCAGGUUUCCUAGUCUGAAAACAUAUUCUUACGCCAACAGAACCAUAAAAGCCUUAAACGAGCUACGCCAUUUUACUGUGCAUCAAUUCGUUUUUGAUGUUCAUGAUAACAUCUUCUUCAUAAAUGGUUCUGGACUUUUCGGUAUCAAAAAGGCGGAAACAAAAGCAGUACUCCUAAGGGACUAUCCAAGAUUUUUGAGUAUGGCCAUAGACAAUACGAGCCAGGUUUAUGUGUGUAGUGAGGAGCACAUUUACGUAUUGAAUCAAAUGGUGCUGAAGGUGAAGAAGAUAGUGGAUGUGCAAGGAGUCCUAGGUUUGACGUUUGAUAAAGACAAUCAUCUUAUUUACUCGAAUUCCCAGGAGAUCGUGAGAUUGAUGCCUGUUGAUAUUAAGUAA